GGGGCCGCCGCCCGGGCCCCGCUGCCCCUGCUGCGGAGCCAGGGCUCGGCUCUUGUGCGUCUGGGCGAGGGCAGAGCCGGUGACUUUGCCCUCCUCUGCCCCCGGCUGAAGCAGCGCUGGCGCUUCGUGACAGCGCAGGCAGGGGACCUGCACGCUGUCUUAGACCUGGCGAAGGUUGCUGACUCCCUGCUGUUCAUCCUGGAUCCUGCAGAUGGCUGGGAUAGUUUAGGGGAGCACUGCCUCUCCUGCCUCUUUGCACAGGGGCUCCCCAGUUACGCUCUUGCUGUCCCGGGGGGCACUGACUUGCCACCCAAGAAGCGGAUAGAUGCCAAGAAGAAACUUGCCAAAGCCAUUGAGAAGCGCUUUCCCGAGGCCAAGCUCUUUCCCCUGAACACGGAGCAGGAGUGCUCCCUGCUGCUGAGGCACCUGGCUGCCCAGAAGCAGAGGCACCUGGCUUUCCGGGACAGGCGGGCUCACCUGCUCGCCUGCGCUGCCGAGUUUGUGCCUGGUCAGGAGAGUCCCCUGGUUGGGACCUUGAAGGUGUCUGGCUUUGUCCGGGGACAGACCCUGGACGUGAACAGCCUGGUGCACAUUGUGGGGCACGGAGACUUCCAGCUGAGCCAGGUGGAUGCACCCCCUGAUCCGCUGUCCUUGAACCCCCGAGUGGUUAAAGGACAGAAGAGGAGCCAGGACAUGGAGGUGCAGGAUGACUCUGUAAAUGGUACUGAUGAGAUGGAGGAAGAUGUUAAAGUCUUGAUGAAGGCAGAUCCAAAAAAGCAGGAGUCUUUGCAGUCAGAAGUGGUUCCUGAUCCUAUGGAAGGGGAGCAGACGUGGCCCACUGAAGAAGAGCUGCGAGAAGCAGAGGCUUCUCUGAAGGCAAACAGGAAGGUGGUGAAAGUCCCCAAAGGCACAUCCAAGUACCAGGCUGCCUGGAUUGUGGAUGAUGAAGAAGAAGGCAGUGAGAAAGAUGAUGAUGAUGAUUAUGAAGAUGAUGACAUUGAUGAUGAGAUGAUGGAAGAUGCAGUUUCCCAGGAGGGGGAAAGCUGUGAGGAGGAAGAGGAACCUGCAGAAGAGGAAUGUGAGACCAUGACCAUUUCUGAGUGCCUGCGGGACGACCAGUAUGAUGAGAAGGUGGAGGAAGAUGAACAGAUGCUGGAGAGAUACAAACAGGAGAGAAUGGAUGAAAUGUUUCCAGAUGAGGUGGACACACCACGUGAUGUACCUGCCAGGGUCCGGUUCCAGAAGUACAGGGGGCUGAAGAGCUUCCGGACUUCUCCGUGGGACCCCAAAGAGAAUCUCCCCAGGGACUAUGCCAGAAUCUUCCAGUUCCAGGACUUCUCCCGGACCAGAAAGCACCUGUUCCGGCGAAUCGAGAAAGAGGAGACUGAAGGAGCCUUGGUUGGCUGGUAUGUUACCCUCCAUGUCUGCAAUGUCCCUGUCUCAGUGAUGGAGAGCUUCAAAGAAGGGAAGCCCCUGGUCCUGUUCUCGCUGCUUCCCCAUGAACAAAAGAUGUCUGUCUUGAACUUCCUGGUGCGGCGCCACCCCAGCAACAGCGAACCCGUGAGGGCAAAGGAGGAGCUGAUCUUCCACUGCGGGGUCAGGCGCUUCCGAGCCUCCCCCCUCUUCUCCCAGCACACCUCAGCUGAUAAGCACAAGCUGGAGCGUUUCCUGCGCCCGGAUGCUGCCGUGGUGGUGACUGUUUACGCCCCCAUCACUUUCCCUCCUGCCUCAGUGCUGCUUUUUAAACAGAGAAGUAAUGGUAAGUUGUUAAGUGCUGACCCCGACAGGAUCGUCAUCAAGCGGCUGGUGCUCAGUGGCCACCCUUUCAAGAUCUUCACCAAGGCGGCCGUCGUGCGAUACAUGUUCUUUAACAGAGAGGAUGUGAUGUGGUUUAAGCCAGUAGAACUGAGGACAAAGUGGGGUCGAAGAGGACACAUCAAGGAGCCAUUAGGGACCCAUGGCCACAUGAAGUGCCACUUUGAUGGACAGCUAAAAUCUCAGGACACGGUGCUGCUUAACCUCUACAAACGUGUGUUUCCAAAAUGGACUUACGACCCGCACGUCCCAGAGCCCGUGUCCUGGGAGAGGAGUGAGAGCACAGUGCCAGAGGUGGAGAUGGAAUGAGCCUUUGUGCCUCAGCUCCCUGGAUGCUGUUCUCAGCCCGUGCACAGUGAGGACAGCACUGAUGUCCUGGACCUGUUACUGCUGGGGUCUGUACAGGGGCAGCUGUCUCAUCAGCUGCUGCUCAGGUACCAGCUAUAGAUAUUUAUUUUAAUUGAAAAU